CGGCCAUGGCCGGGGGGCCGGGCCCGGGGGAGCCCGCGGUGCCGGGCGCCCAGCACUUCUUGUACGAGGUGCCACCCUGGGUCAUGUGCCGUUUCUACAAAGUGAUGGACGCCCUGGAGCCCGCCGACUGGUGCCAGUUCGCUGCCCUGAUUGUGCGUGACCAGACGGAGCUGCGGCUGUGCGAGCGCUCGGGCCAGCGUACGGCGAGCGUCCUGUGGCCCUGGAUCAACCGCAACGCGCGCGUGGCUGACCUCGUUCACAUCCUCACGCACCUGCAGCUGCUGCGUGCUCGGGACAUCAUCACAGCCUGGCACCCGCCUGCCCCUGUUUUGCCCCCAAGCACCACUGCUCCAAGGCCCAGCAGCAUCUCUGCAGACACCAAGGCUGGGGACUGGAGCCCCCGGAAAUUACAGUCCUCUGCUUCCACCUUCCUCUCCCCAGCUUUUACAGGCUCCCAGACCCAUUCAGAGACUCAGCUUCCCCGGGUUCCAAGCCCUGCUUCCUUUGGACCACCACUGCCAUCUUCUGCCCCUUCUUCUACCAAGUCAAGCCCAGAGACACCAGUGUCCAGCCUGGAAAGAGCCCACCCCUCCCCAUUUUGCUGGCCCUUCUGUGAGAUUUCCCAAGGCACUUGCAACUUCUCAGAGGAGCAGAGGAUUGGAGAGGGUGGUUUUGGGUGUGUGUACCGGGCAGUGAUGAGAAAUACCACAUAUGCAGUGAAGAGGCUGAAGGAGGAGGCUGACCUAGAGUGGACUGUGGUGAAGCAGAGCUUCCUAACAGAGGUGGAGCAGCUGUCGAGGUUUCGUCACCCAAAUAUCGUGGACUUUGCUGGCUACUGUGCCGAGAGUGGCUUCUACUGCCUCGUCUACGGCUUCCUGCCCAAUGGUUCCUUGGAGGACCGUCUCCACCUUCAGACCCAGGCCUGCCCCCCCCUCUCCUGGCCUCAGCGACUGGACAUCCUUCUGGGCACAGCCCGAGCUAUUCAGUUUUUACAUCAGGACAGCCCCAGCCUCAUCCACGGUGACAUCAAGAGUUCCAAUGUGCUUCUGGAUGAGAGACUGAUGCCCAAACUGGGAGACUUUGGCCUGGCUCGCUUUAGUCGCUUCACUGGGGCCAACCCAGGCCAGAGCAGUGCCGUGGCCCGAACUAGCACUGUACGGGGCACCCUCGCCUACCUGCCUGAGGAGUACAUCAAGACUGGCCGGCUAGCUGUGGACACUGACACCUUCAGCUUUGGGGUGGUAAUACUGGAGACCCUGGCUGGCCAGAGGGCUGUGAGGAUACAUGGUACCAGGACCAAGUAUCUGAAAGACCUGGUUGAAGAUGAGGCUGAGGAGGCUGGGGUGGUCCUGAAAAGCACCCAGAGCACUCUGCAGAUGGGUCUGGCAGCAGAUGCCUGGGCCGCUCCCAUUGCUGCCCAGAUUUACAAGAAACACCUGGACCCUAGGCCUGGGCCCUGCACACCCCAGUUGGGCCUGACUCUGGCUCAACUGGCUUGCUGCUGCUUGCACCGCAGGGCCAAGAAGAGGCCCCCCAUGACCCAGGUGUACAAGGGACUGGAGAGGCUGCAGGCAGCAGUGGUAGGGCCUCUUUGGGAGUCAGAGGCUGCUGGUCACGGCCCCCCUUCCCCACAGGAGAACUCCUACAUGUCUACCAGUGGCAGUGGCCAGAGUGGGGGUGCACCACUGCAGCCCCUGGCAGUGCCCUCAGGAGCCCAAGCCCAGGCUGCCCAGCAAUUCCAGAAGAGCCCCAACCAGCCUGUGGAGAGUGAUGAGAGUGUGCCCUACCUCUCUGCUGCCCUACACUCCUGGCACUUGACUCCAAGUUGCCACCCAAACCCAGCAUCCCUCAGGGAGGCUAGCUGUACUCAAGGGGGUACUACUGGAGAAUCAAGUUUGGGGAGCGUCUCAAGCUUCCGGCCCACAGCCAUGGAAGGUUCAUCCAUUGGCAGCUCCUCCUCAUUGUCAUCAUCGGAGCCACCGCAGAUCAUCAUCAACCCAGCCCGACAGAAGAUGGUGCAGAAGCUCGCCCUGUAUGAGGAAGGGGUCUUGGACAGCCUGCAACUAUUGUCGUCAGGCUCUCUCCCAGGCUUGGCCCUGGAACCUGAAAACAGACAGGGGCCUGAAGAAAGUGACGAAUUUCAGAGCUGAUUUGUUCACCCAGGCAAAUCCCUCAAACUCAGAAGUCAUAAGUUCUCAUGGUUGGAAGUUCUCAUGAUGUACAAUCUCCUUAGCAGGCCAAAGGCAGCAUGGGUGGAGGCCCACCCUGGCAAGGGAAAGAGGGUGGUGGACCCUACUGUUCUUGGGGUGUGGGCACAGGCAGGGUGGGCCAGGGCAGCUGCUGAAAGCUGAUAGGGCAGGCCAUCCCAAAGGCCUGCCUUGAGGCCACAUUUGGAAACAGGGUAAGAUAGUACCUAAAGGUGUGGUGGCAUGUGACAGCAGACUCCUAGCUACACAGGAGCAGGGGAGGCAAGUGGUUGUUGGCACGGUGGGAGCUGGCACUCCCAAGAGCUAGACGAGGUAUCUGCAGCCCAGGCCUGUAGUAACUGUUAGCCUGUUCCGCUGAGCUUCCCUAGAGCCACAAAAGAAAGCAGCUGUGUGCACAGCAAGCACGUGUGGCUCAGGGCCCUCACAGCCUCUUGUAAAUUGUAUAAAUGAAGCCAGAGUAGCCUACAGUUCAGCCCACUAGCCAGACUAACAGCGCUGAGAGUUUGGCAGAGCACCAUGUCAGGCUGGUGUAUGCAGGCCUUGCCAGAUACCUCUGAACCAGCCUCAUCCACCCCCAGACCCAGUGUUGACCCACAGACCUGGGCACAGGUUAUGGCAGAAAGGUACAGCAAAGCUGAGCUUUGUAAUACCCGGACAGUGAGAAGCCCCAAGAAGCAGAAAUUGAGAGCAAAGCAGAAGGCAUGUGGAGGAAAAGAAAACAUUACAUUUUAAGAAGCAAGUUUUUGUGAAACCAUGUGUCUUCAAAAGUAGCCCAGGGUUAUGAAGCCCAGGCUUUCAGUGAUUCUGUGUUCAAGAUCAUGAGUCACACUACAUGCCCCUGUAAAGCUAGGCAUUGGUGAAGUCCAAGUUGUCCUCAAGUAAUAAAAGCUUAUGUUUGGCUGUCUGGCUAUACUUAAGUUUAUUGCACGGAGAGCCUUGGACUUUCCUGAUGCUUCAUGUCUCAGGGUUCUUGGGUAUCCAGCCAAAACUCGGGCCCCACCAUCUUGUUCCUAUUCUGUUAGCCAUGCCCAGACUGAGGACAGAUCUGCAGUGCUGCUACCUAAUCCUGUCCUGUGCCAUUAACGUUUUUCUUACCUGUUUCUCUUCAUUUCCUAAUUGUCUAGUGAUCAUGUAUAGAAAUGCAAUUAAUGUUGCUUAUGGUCUUUAUUCUGUGACCUUGCUCAAAUGCACUCACUCAUUCUACUUCUUUGGGGGUGAAUAUUUUGGGAUAGUUUGUGUAUACAAUCAUUUCAUCAGAAAAUAAAGACAUAUGCCUUUUAGCUCCUUUCCUUGAUUUGUUGCACUAACUAGGUCCUGUAGGUUUUAAAUACAAGUGGUGAAAGUGGGUUAUUCCUCUCUUGAAACCCCUCCCACUCUCACGAGUUCUUUUCACUUUUCUUUAAUAAAUCUAUGCUC